GAGAAACCAAUCAGCUGCUCACGAUGAUUCUGCAAUGGUAUGCCUGCAAGAAGUAUCAAAAAGUUGAAGUUGAAUUCCGACCUUCGCCUACAGACUAAGUUAAAUGGCCAAUUUGCGAUUACCUGAGAGAAUUCUUGUAUAUCUUCGUCAUUUAACAAGAGGAGUUGUGGAAAGAGCUGUUUUUGAGGAAUGUAUCCUAGAUUCUUUGGGUCAUAGUGGAUUGGAGGCCUCAGUCAGGUGUACUUUAGAAGACAACCGUCUUAUAAUCUCAAAUCCAAGUGAAGGAGAGGAAACUGUUGUACUCAAACACCCAUCAUUCUGCCCUUGCCAUAACUUGGUGUCCAGCGAUGCUACUCACAUACCAAAGGAGGUGCUUGACCGUGGUGUAGACUGUGGAGUGGUCACUCUUCUCUGGUCAUCUGACCGGUACCUCCUCUUGACCAGAAGAGCCUCUCACCUUCGUAUCUUUCCAGGGAUUUGGGUUCCUCCAGGUGGUCAUGUAGAACAAGGAGAAACGCUAGUUGAAGCUGGCUUGAGAGAGUUAUGUGAAGAAACAGGACUUGAAGUAGACCCAAAGGAAUGUAAUCCAAAGAUGGUUGCCUUAUGGGAGUCUGUCUAUCCACCAUUGCUAUCUAGGGGUUUACCCAAGAAACACCACAUUGUAGUCUAUCAAUCAGUCACUUCAUCCAAAACACACCAGCAGCUAGACACAGAACUUAGGCUGAGUUCUGAUGAAGUUGGUGCUGCAGCCUGGUUAGAGGAGUCUAUAGUAAGAGCUUUGACACAGCUGUCUGAGGAAGAAGACAGAGUGAAAAGGAAGGCCAUACUGAGUGAGAUUCCUGAAAAAUUAAGAGGACAUAUUGUGGAUCCCACCACUGGGAAGUCAACCUGUGACCAAAUACCUACCAGAGUCUUUUACCAAAGAGCGCCACCUACUGGUGAUGAUAUAGAGAGGCUCAGUACAGGAACCCUGUUUGCUAUGCAGCACUGGCUGAAGAAAUACUCGGUACCAUCAUGACAGGAUUGAAGGUGCCCAACUUGAAGAUCUUACCCACAAUGCAUUGCAGAUAGCUCUCCUUGUACCAGAUGGAACACUGAUUUCCCAUGAUGCAGUGCAGUGAGAAAAUAAAUGAGAGAAUAUAUUAGGGUGUGCCAGCGAGAGUUGCUGUAGGUGAUCUUUACAGAUCGCCCACACAGUAUGGGGUGUGGAAAACCCAUUCCAUGCUUGCGUAUAUCUGGCUUUUAGCCAACUUUGUGCCAACCGAUGGGAUAUAUAUCCUGUUCAGUGGUUUCUGGGAACAUGAAUAUAAGACCAUAUUUGGUUUACUUAUAUGCAGUAUUAUCAGAGCAGAUGAACGAAUGGCAACUGUGUAUGGAAUUUGAUAUUCACAUAGUAAUGAUUGAUUAACCUUACGUUAUGCUAGACCUCACUUCUACAGUGUCUGUUUCUAUUUCAUUCACUAAGUAAAACUUAUUUACAUAUAUUUGAAAUUAUUUAUGUCUGCAGUGAAAAUGCCUCUCUAUAAAAUUAUUUGAAAUAAAAUCAGAUCAUAUAAUUAUGAAAUAUAUCACAAGGUAAUUUGUUAUUUCACCAGGGAUACAGAUAGUAUCAUAACCAUCAGGUUUCUUUUGGGAAAGAGGGAUAGGCAUUGUAGGUGGAGAUAGAGAGUAGGGAAUUAUUGUCAUUUUAAAAAUGCCACUUGGUUCAUUAGAAUACAGUGCCCAUUGUCCUAGGAUUUCUUCAACGAAGCAAAUGAUCAUAGCAAUUCCCUUGAUUUUAUUUUUCAGAACGUUCAGACAUUAAAAACAAAUUCAUUGUAGCAGGGUACAUUGUCUUAAUGUGGAGGAAAACAUUAUUUACUUUUCAUUCCAAAAUAUGCAAAAAUUUAACAAUGUUUUUUUUUUCAUGAAAGUUUGCAUUACCACAGCUUUGAUUUAUAUUGAACAUAAUUUAGUCCUGUGAUUAUUGGACUAAGCUUGCUCUUUUUAAGGCCAGAUUGACAGAGAGGAUAAGCUUUAGUUUUAUAAGUGGUAGAUCUAGGAGGGUUCUGAAUUGGCUGCCUCCCCUUCCUUUAGCAGCAGUUUUUGUAAUUUUGUUGAUAGUACUUAAAUCAUUCAGACUUUAACACUACUUUAUUUCAGACUUCUUCCAUUCAUUGUAUUAAAAUCUUGCAUAAACCUGUGUCUUGAUAAAUAUGUUAUUAAUUAACUCCUACUACAUUUGAUUUGUAUCACAUGUAUGGCAGGUUUUAGAAUGAGCGAACUAUAGUCGAGAACAGCAUAUCAGUCGAUAUCAACGUUGUCUGUCUAUGUUCGCUACAGAUACAAAUAUUUUAGAUUUCACUCUACUUGUACUUGUACGUACGUCCACAUGAAACAGUGUGAUAACAAGCGGGUCAUGACACGCUGCCCGACCCGUAAGAUCUGGCAUACCAUCGGGUCACGACCUGGUCGGGUGAUGCGAAGGUGCAACUUAUGCACACUUGCUCUUUCACUUGCCUUAAUUCCUUUUUAAUCGAGUUAGGAGAUAUAGCGAUAAAUAUUUUUGAGUUCAGAAAGCAAUUUCAAAUAUGAUAAACAUAUUGCAUCGUACAACUUACAUUAAUUUCGCGAAAAGUCACCGAUAACUGUGGUUUAUAAGGGAAAUAUCCAUUGCAAUUGAUCUUCAUGCUGAGCUUGAGUGGUUAAAAUGACGUCACUCACGUGCACGUCGAAUGUGAUUUAGGGGAAUGGCAGAAUGGAGGUGGCAAGGUUCUCAAUUCUGAUAGUCGGCGAGGGUGAAGACCUGAUGCAUAUGGCAGGCCAUAAAAUGAUGCCAUCUCGUACCAGUCGUCUAUGUGGACGUAUGAUUCUAAAAGUGCUUAAUGAUUCUAUAAAGACACCUGGGUCCCAUCUUACGAAUGGUUAUGAUUGAUUAGAUCUAUCUGAACAUUAUGAAAAUCCAUUAAUGUCAUAAUUUUCCCUAUAGGAAAUUGGCACAAUGUCCCUCUUUAAGUAAACAGGUACACUGGUUUGUCAAGACAGCGAUGCAUGUAUGAAUAUACUUCAUAUUUAUUUAGAAGAUAUUUUGAACACAUAAAACAUUUUAUUUGAUGACAUUGCUGGCUUUCCAUAGUUGUGGUUGAUUGGAUCAAUCGCAACUCUUUGAAGCACAGGGCAUUGAAGUCAUAUCACCAUGCAACUACAUGUAUGGGGGGUAUAUAACGAAGAUGUCUUGUAAUAACGGAGUACUUGUAUUUCCUUUGUACUUCUGGUUCCAAACCUUGCUUGAAGAUCAUGAUAAUUUUCUAGAAUACUAUCAAUCGUGUGUGUGAGAGAAAUGCUGCCCCUACUAAACCAUUUAUAUUCUGGGUACAUAUACACUUAUCUCUAUCUAUAUGCUCUGGGUCCUGUCUUACAAAGAGUUACGAUUGAUCCGAUCAAUCUCAACUGUAUGGAAAUCCAUCCAUUCCAUAAUUUUUUCUACAGGAAAUUUGCACAAUCUCCUUAGUAAACAAAGAGAAUCACACUGAAUCUUCAAGAGAACAAUGAAUGUAUGAAUAUACAUCAUAUCUAGAAAAUGUUUGAACAAAUUUGCAUUUUAGAUGUUGAUGUUGAUGGCCAUCCAUAAUUAUGGUUGAUCGGAUCAGUCGCAAGUUCGCAACUCUCUAUAAGACGGGGCCCAGAUGUGAUAUAUUUUUACUCUUUAAUUUCAGGCGGUAUUAUUGGACUGAAAAUCUAUUAUUGAAAGAAGUAGGGAUAUUGAUAUAUGAAAAUUGAUUGAAAUUAUUUUGUCACUGAUCAUGUUGGUUUUAAAUAUUAAUUUUUGAAACUGCAGUAUAUGAAAUUGUAAAGAUCAAAGUGCAAUAAAUGUGUUAAUUGUGUAUGUAUUUUCCAACUGCAGAUUCUUUAUUUUA